ACGUGAUCCUCCCGGAGCGCGUGCUCGCUUGUUCGUUUGUAUGCCAGUCGAUGGGAGUUUUUGUACGUCGCUCUUCCUUCUCCGAUGGGUGGCGCGAGGCCCGGAGGCCUGCGCUAUCCCAGAGUACUGUUCGCAGCGUGGGCGCCGCCGUCCUGUAGGGAGGGAGACAGUCUGCGCCGAGAUUUUGCCAACGAGAUGCUGCGGGCUACCGCCAAACGGACAUGUUAGCGCCGAGGUCCUGAAGGCGGGACGCUGACGAAAACGACGUCCCGCGACCUCCUCGGGGCUCCUUCGCGCGCGCUACCAAAGGCUGCCGAGCGACAACAUGGAGGCCGUGAACGCUUUCAACCAGGAGCUCUUCUCAUUGAUGGAGAUGAAACCUCCUAUUUCUCGUGCAAAGAUGAUUCUCAUCACUAAAGCUGCCAUUAAAGCUAUUAAGCUUUACAAACAUGUAGUCCAGAUUGUAGAGAAGUUUAUAAAAAAGUGUAAGCCAGAAUAUAAAGUUCCUGGAUUGUAUGUUAUUGACUCUAUUGUUCGUCAGUCUCGUCAUCAAUUUGGAACAGACAAGGAUGUUUUCGGGCCAAGAUUCUGUAAAAAUAUAACUGCCACAUUCCAGUAUUUAUAUCUCUGUCCAACAGAAGACAAGAGUAAGAUAGUUCGUGUCCUCAACUUAUGGCAGAAAAAUGGAGUAUUUAAAAUAGAAAUCAUUCAGCCACUCCUGGACAUGGCAGCAGGAGCUAGCAGUACUGCUUCAAUGUCUGAAGAUGCCACUAAUAAUGAAGGUUCACCACCUCCUGUCACGAUUCCAUCUGAGCCUUCUCAAGUUGCUUCUAAUUCAGUAUCUAAUGUGCCGCAGUUGCCCAGUUCUGAUGCCUUUGCAGCUGUAGCUCAGUUAUUCCAGACAACACAAGGACAACAGCUCCAACAGAUUCUUCAGACUUUUCAGCAGCCUCCCAAACCUCAGUCUCCAGUGAUAGAUAACAAUGUAAUGGCCCAGGUCCACGCUAUUACUGCUCAGCUGCAGACUACAACAACGCAACCAUCUGAACAAAAGCAUGAUUUUCCAGUGCCAGAACAAAAGACAUCUUUUGAUAAGAAGCUGUUGGAUCGAUUUGACUAUGAUGAUGAACCAGAAGCAGUGGAAGACACAAAGAAAGAGGAAUCAACACCUUCCCCUUCAAUCUCUCAACCAACAUUUGGAUUUGCAGGUGAAGGUAUACAGCAACCAGUUUAUCCCCAGCUCCCAAAUAUAGAUCAAUUUCAGCAGCGAAUGCUUGGAAUGCAGCAGGAGCCUAUGCUUCACCAGGUCUCACUUCCUCCAAAUGGACAAAUGCCAAGCUAUGGAAUUCUCCCUGCACCACAGUUUCCUCCCAUGGCUCAGCUUGGGGUGCAAUCUUCAUCCCAGGUGCAACAAACUUUCCAACCUUCUUUUCCAGCACAAAAUGAACCACAUACACAGAAACCACAUCCGCAGGAAAUGGAAGUAGAUCAUCCUCCUGUUCAAGAAGGAAAAAGACAUGAGAGCAGAAAGUCCAGAUCUAGAUCUGCAUCAAGAUCACCCAAAAGAAGAAGAUCACGGUCUGGUUCUCGGAGUCGAAGAUCACGUCAUCGCCGUUCCCGUUCCCGGGACAGGCGCCGCCAUUCUCCUCGAUCACGAUCUCAGGAAAGGCGUGAAAGGGAGAGAGAGAAGGAGCGCAGAACAAAAGGCCUUCCUCCAAUCAAAACAGAAACUGUUAGUGUUUGCAGUACAACACUCUGGGUAGGCCAACUGGACAAACGAACACAGCAGCAUGAUGUUGGAGGUCUUCUAGAAGAAUUUGGCCCAAUUGAAUCUAUAAAUAUGAUACCACCAAGAGGAUGCGCCUAUAUUGUAAUGGUAGAGAGACAAGAUGCAUACCGUGCCCUACAGAAACUGAGCCGUGGCAACUUUAAAGUAAAUCAGAAAUCUAUAAAGAUUGCAUGGGCUUUAAAUAAAGGAAUUAAACCAGACUAUAAGCAGUAUUGGGAUGUAGAGUUAGGUGUUACCUACGUACCAUGGAGUAAAGUUAAGCCUGAAGAUCUGGAAAGCUUCUGUGAAGGAGGAAUGCUGGACAGCGAAACACUUAGUCCUGAAUGGAAGGAAAUUCCCAAAAAAUCAGAAAACCAAGUAGCCCAAAAUGGAGGUGCAGGAAUUGGAGACACUGCACACAAUGAACAAACAUCUUCUGUUGCUAAAAAUUUGUCAGUUCAAAUGCCUGUUCCUAUACCCACACCAAUAACAGUGCCUCCGCCACAGGUUCCGCCACAUCAGCCAGGUCCUCCAAUGGUUGGUACACUUCAGCCGCCUACAUUUACUCCUCCCUUAGGAAUUCCACCUCCUGGAUUUGGUCCUGGAGUUCCUCCACCACCUCCACCAUUUUUGCGACCUGGCUUCAAUCCAAUGCAUUUACCACCAGGCUUUCUUCCUCCUGGACCUCCGCCUCCUAUUAAUCCUCCAGUUUCAGUUCCUCCGGUCUCUGUCCCUCCUUCUCCAGGAGUAAACAUCCCAAACUCUACUGUGGCUAGUAUAAAUGAAGACACUACAAAAGACUCUUCUGUGGGAAACCCUAUUCCAACAGUAGUUUCUGGAUCUAGAGGAAAUGCUGAAAAUGCAGAUGGUUCCAAAGGAUAUCCAAAUGCUCCACCACCUGCAACUUCUACUAGUAUACCUGCUCCUGUCACCCAACCAGUCCCACUCCUUGGUACACAAGGAGUUGCACCUAGUCCCGUGAUUGGGCUACAGACACCUUCUACAGGCCUUUUGGGUGCACGACCUGGUUUGAUACCACUUCAGCGGCCACCAGGAAUGCCACCACCUCAUCUGCAACGGUUUCCAAUGAUGCCCCCUCGGCAUAUGCCUCCCCAUAUGAUGCACAGAGGUCCACCUCCAGGCCCAGGUGGUUUUGGGAUGCCUCCACCUCAUGGGAUGAAGGGUCCUUUCCCUCCCCCUGGGCACUUUGCGAGGCCUGGUGGACCUGAUGAUAGAGAUGGAAGACAGUUCAGAAAUGAUAGGCAGCCAUUUACUCCAAACAGAGACCAGGAAAGGUUUGGAAGGAGGUCUUUUGGAAAUCGGAUAGAAAAUGAACGUGAACGUUAUGGUAACCGCAAUGACGACAGAGAUCAUGAACGCCUUGGUAAUCGGGAAAGGAGAGAAUGGGGAAGAAGAAGCCCUGAACGUGAUAGACAUAGAGACUUGGAGGAAAGAAAUAGGCGUUUUAGUGGACACAGAGAGAGAGAUUCUAGAGAUAGGGAAUCUCGCAGAGAAAAAGAUGAAAAUCGAAAGGAGAAACCCGAGUUGACAGACAGGGCAGAUGGUGUCAAAAACCAUGAAUCCCAGAGUGGCAAAGUGGAAAAUACAGACUCUGUUUCUGAACUUAAUAAAGGGGAGUCUGAACCCACAGGUGUAAAACCUGUUGAAGAGUUAACAUCUGAGACUACCUCACCUCUUGAACAACCUGAACCGGCUCAGUCAUAGAGGCUCCUCGCUAGACUGGAAUAUUUGCCCAAAAGAAUAAAAAAUGACAUUGGAGUGUAGAGCUUUAGAGUUGUACAGUAUGCUGUAUAUUUGCUUUUGCUAUAUCACAAUUCCUCCAUAGUUUAUGGGGAUAUGUAAGCAAUUUGAUUGCUUCCCUUCUAUUUAAAAUAGCAACAAAAAUAACAAAGAAAUGAAUAAACCAUUACCCAUUUUUUGCUGUAACUUUUUAAAAGUUUUGACUUUAAAAAGUUUACAAGUCAGAAUUAGAAGUGCUAUUUUUUUUAAUUUAAGUGAAGGUAACGGUAAAAGCUCUUAAAAACAAAAUAGGGAUGUGUUUUUAAUAAACUCUAUUUUCAUAACAAACUUUAAUGUGUGCUAUUCUUCCUACACUGCACUGAAGUGGUAAAGGAUUGUUCAACAUCUUAAAGUUUGAACUGUUAAUGCUGUACUGGAGUCUAAAUUAGACUUUGUUUAAAUCUGUUAAACAUGUUUGUGUAACAGUUCACAAAAACUUAAGUGUACGUGGUAGUUAUGUUCUUAGAUUUCUGAAUUUUAAUUAACGACAUGACUAUUCUAGAUGGAAAAAAUAAGUUUUUAAAUGUUUCAAGAGAAAGUCUAGUGUUUGCAGUGAAAUAUUUUUAUUUUUGCUUUUGUUUUCCUCACUAUCCAAUAGAUUGUGAUAAAUACUGCCCUAAAAAUAAGUUCCCUGUUCAAAAGGUUCAAUAUUAGGUUAAGAAAAGUACAUCUGCUUAUUUUUUGUAAUUUAAUUCAUUGUAUGUUUGAAGGAUGACACCAAAUUGCUAUAUUCUAAUCUGACUUGAGAGCAAAUGUUAAGUUUCUAAGAUUGUCUCUCCUGUUUGUCAGUAACUGACUACUGUAACUGCUAGUUGUCAAAUUAGCUUGUUUAAACAGAGCAGCAAGUUUUGACUUACUAGUUCUUCUGCUGCAUUUUAAAAUGCAGCUAGCAUUUAGCAAGUCAGCAAACUUUGAGAAGUGUGUACAUUUUCUAUUUCCGUAAUGACUCCUAUGCACGACGAGAGAUCUUACCAUAUUAUCUGCAACAAAACUGAUGCUCUAGCCCCCCCCUCGAUUUUUUUAGCUUGACAUGCUCAGUAGCUCGGUUACUGUUCCCAUUUAGGUGAAGACAGGGAUCCCUCCCCCGUGGACAUUUUUUGGCAGGUGGGGUUAGAGGCAGAAAACUUAUCUUGCAUUGGUAGAAUAAAGAAAAAAAAAUCAUAUAUUUGUGAUACCAAUUUCCAUGUGUUGAACUUUCUUACUAUACUAUUAGCAUCUCAGAAGACACACCAAAACCUAAUUUUAAAACUAGCAAUAACUUUAUGAAGUUGGAAAUGGUGUAGGCAUGUUUUCUUUUUGAAAUUUAACAGUGGGAACUAUGCCAACAUGCUGAAGCUGUUAGCUACAGAAUAUCCUCCCCCAAAGUUCUAUGGAAAACUAAUUUAAGCUGCUAGAUUUUUAAAGCACACUAAUAGCUCAUAUUUUUACUGAUAGUUGCCACUACUGCUUUGAAGGAACAUGUAUGCCAUCUGAACAGACUUGUUUAAACAAGAUGUAAGUUAACAAAACUAUUGCCAAUGUUUUAUUUGAAAGUAAGUACAGUAUAGCCAGCUUAUUCAAAGGCAGGACUGCAAAACCUACAUGAUUUCAGGUAAGAAUGUCAGUCCUGGUCACAGCAAAGGUCUCUCACCUGCUCAAGCAUGGUAGACAACUGCCAGACUCCCUUCAAGACAGCUGUAUAGGAAACAAGUGCUUUCUGUGUGCCUCUUGCAUUGAAAGGGUUUAGCCAAGACCCUUUUCCCAAGCAAGCACGCUGCUGACAUGUUAGGCACAAUUUACAAUUUCCAUGCACGUUCAUCUGCAAUAUCUACAGAUCUCUUUGUGCAAUGAGAUUGGUAUGAAUAUUAAGGUUAAGAAAAUGUCAAGUAGAAAGUUGCUAAUAUGUACAGCAGUAGGUAGAGAUGGCAGAAACUGCUCCUCUAUAUGCACAGUAGCCCUCUUCUCUACAGCUAUGCAGUUGAAUAACUCCCUAUAAAAACUGAUGCUCAGUUCAUUUAUUUUAGACAGUUCAGCAGGGUUUUUUUCCUGCAGUCAAGACAGGCCAUAAUCCAGUAUCUGCCCUUGGCAGGACCAUAUACUAUAUUUUACUCUAUAUUUUCCCCAUGAAAUCUAAACUAUGCUCUAUUGCCUAAAUAAGGGGGACUGUAGGGAUUUAGAUCCUGGCUUCCUCAGGAAGUAGAACAAGACUGUCUGCUCCUGUGCAGCCAUAACUCCCACUGUCCAAAACACAGCAGGUAUUUUAAGUAAGAGAAUUAUGUGGCUUACGUCCUCUCUCAACUAAACUCACUUGCUGCCAUUACAUUUGGUCACAGAUUAGGUGUAGCUGGAGUUAGCAACUGAAUUCAGAAGCAAAUGUUAGUUUAAUGACUAUGGGGCUUAUCCACACUUGUUCUGUAAGGUAGUGGAAUCAGGGUGAGUUCUUCCAUGUAGAAAAUGCCAAUGUAAGAGUUCAAUAGAAUUACACCAUAGUAGUGAUAAAGCCUUCAUGUGUAAGGCUCUGUCAAGCUAACUUGUUAAGCCACCAUCAAGUAAUUUCCAUUGUCCAGAUGAGUUGAUGAAAUCAGGCCACAGACUUUACUGCCUCAGAUAUGUGAACUGGUGGUGUCUAGUCUCUGCGUAAUAGCAAGAACUCUUCAAAUUAUGUUCUGUUGCUGCUUUAAUUACAAGAUAUACAAAAUACGACUUGUCAGCUUAAAUUCCAUUUAACAGUGCAUUUAAAUGAUUGUUUUUAACCCUAAACAAAGCCAGAUCACUGAUAAUUCCACAGGUACAUUUACAUUCUGCAUGUAGGUUUUGGUACGUGGUGCCACUCCAACACCUUAAGCUUUAGCCAGUCCAAUCACACCACAAGCUAGACGAGCACCAGCAUUUCCAGUUUUCAAGCUCUCUUCGUUUCCUCCUUUGCCCAGAUCAUCUGGUUUUUCAUGAACCUAAAAAAGGGACAGAUCAAUAUAAUUAAGUGAAAGUUGCUGUAUUAGCAAACAAUUUCAAGGAAAGCAGUCAAUUUCAGCCCCACAAUGCAAGGCAGUAUAAAUACUGCAGAUCAUAUAGAUUCCAGUAAUAUAAAAAUCAAUACAGAGAUAACUAAAUCAGGAAAUUCUAGUUCUGUUCCAUGUGAUAACUGCAUUUUCCCAAAUCUUGCUGUCAGAAGCAGUCUGACUAACCAAAUCUGUCUAGCUUCCCCUCUAUACUGACAGAAAGCUUCAGAAUUUGCACUUCUAGCUUAAAAGAACUAGUGCCUCACAAAAAGCCUCCACUGCGUACCAUAUGAGAAAAUAUUUUAGCUGAUCAGAUUUUCAGCAGAAACAUUUCCAUCUCAUUCCCAAAUUCAUCACUUAUUACAGAGAUUUAAGUAUAACAUUUAGAUCUGCAGCUCAAGCUAGUUUGAGAAAAAAGCUUUGGACCAAAGUGAUGAGCUCCUUAAAAUACCUCAUUACUGGAUACCUCAAAAUUUAUAGUAAAACUGAUCACAUACAGUAAUACUCAGAAGAAAUCUGGGCUUCCAAGGUGCUUUAGCCCAUUUCUGGUGCAGCCGAUGCCCAACCCACCUACAAGUUAUGCAAGCAAGCAAGUCUAAGGAGAAUCAGAAGCAGCAAGCCUGUGCUGAGACCUCUAGGUCGUAAGUUCUCAAGCAAACCAUUCAAAGGUAAAACAGUCUUAAGAUCAAUAUAAUGCAUUUUCCCAGAAUAUGUAGGAAAGUUGCUCAAAAAACACUUACCACCAUAGUACGUCCAAUAAUUGAAUGUGGCCCAGAGAGAGAAAUAACUUGGUCCUGUAUCGAUACCUUUGCCACACCUGAAGCACCUGCAGUCACAUUGCCAAGAUCUCCAACAUGCCUGGAAUAGUUAUUCAGUUUUAUUUUAGAAGCAGAAUAUGCCCUAUAAUGAUUGCUAAAUCCAGCUUCCUGAGGUGCUACUGUGACAUACCACUGCUCAAACAUGCAAAGAAGCUGGUGCUUUUCAGCCUCAACACCAGUUCCUUGAACUAUAUAGUCAAGUGUUAAGAGGAUACUACAGCCAGCUCAAGCUGGACUAGCAUGUGUUCACCCAACAUCUAGCUAUUCACUUAGCUCUGUGUUUUGUCCUAAGCAAGACAAUGUCUACUACUGCAACAUCCAAUUAUGCCUAAACCACAUAUUAUUCCAAGUUGACUAUUAAACCAUCACUUAUAUAAAAAAAUUAAGUGAUCUUUAAUACUGAACAAGUUACUAGUAGUUUAACUUUUCCUGUUUUAGCCAUUGCCUUGCUGAGCCUUUUUCAUACUCAAAAUACUGGAAUUCUCCACUCAUGCAAUUCAAAUAGCAUCAGUUCUAACAGCAACACAGGCAGAGGGCUUUACAAUUGUACAAAAUUCCAGGAAAUUCUGAAGAGUUCGGGGGAGUCCAAUUUGUAAUUUAGACCUGCCAUUAAAAAAAUUGAUACUUUCAUUGUAAUUCAAAUGUACACAACUAUUGAUGCCUCUAACUGUAUGGCUGUAUUUUGCUUGUUCUAGUAGUGUCUGUAUUAACAUUUUCAUUUUAUGCAAUGCUGAAUAAACUA